GUUUCGUUGCGUGCGUCAUUGCGAAUUUAAUGUUUUGCGUUGUCAUAUCAAAGCUGUAGGAUUUAAUUGCAGAGCAAUCAAACAUUUGUUUAACAUGCUUUCUUAAUAAGCUUGUAAAAUUUUCGCAAGACAAAGUAAAAGUACAAAUGCCCCGUGAUCGUGAACGAAAGCUCAUCGAGAAUCGUUGCUAAAUGGAAAGGUAAUGAUACGUCUACUUGUAUAGGAUCAUUGUAAAAAUGGACGGUCCUGGAUUGGGAUAUUCGUAUCAUCUUCCUUCUGCAGGAUGGAAUCUCAAAGUUAGAAACGUUCUCUCACAGUUCAGUGAUCUUUUUAGCGAGUUUAACAAAUACAUUGCACCUGCUUAUCAUCAUGAUCGAUGCGAAAGGUCAGUACAAAUGCGAUUGUAUUCUAUGCACAAAAGAGAAUUUGUUAUGGUGUUUGUUGCUUUCUUCGCCUGUUUCGGAUUAGCGGUAUUUAUUGGUCUUGCAGGCCCUCCCAUCACUUCCACGAGCGAACAGAGAGCUCAUUUAAAUGGCAGCGAAGUGGCUACCGGUCCUUUUAUAAUGAAAACUCCUCUACUAUCCGCGUACAGUCAACAAUUGUGGGUCAUUGGGAAAUUACUGACGUCUAAUAACGAUGAUGAAAGAUACGACAAAAGCUUUCAAAUCAGCAUCUCAAUAGACGGUAUUACCGCCGAUCGUAAGCUUAUGCCCGUUCUGUCUUCGGAAACUGGCCACAACAGAACCAGGCGUUUGAAAUGCGAAAGGCAAACGUGCGAGGAGAUCGUAGUAGCUCAUCUAGGAUUCCUCGAUUACAGUUACUACAUUAUUACCGUUCGUUUCCACGGGCUCGAGAGUUUCCACCAGCGUUAUAACAUACGCGAACUUACAUUCUACUUCAAGAACUACAAUCCAGCGUUCACGGAGUUCGAGAUUUGGUUCCGUUUUAUCUUCCUGUUGACUGCGUUUGGAGUUAUGUGUUGGUUUGGACACUCUCUCCGAAAAUAUCCGCUACAUGACUGGUCGAUAGAACAAAAAUGGAUCUCUAUACUCCUACCGUUACUGAUUUUAUACAAUAAUCCAUUGUUCCCUAUGACGUUCUUGGUCAAUUCUUGGGUACCCGGUAUGGUAGAUGCAAUUUUACAGACAACGUUUCUCUGUGCAGUUCUCAUGUUCUGGUUAUGCGUUUACCAUGGUCUCAGACAGAACGAGCGGCGCCUCAUCACUUUUUAUUUACCCAAAGUUCUGGUAGUGGGUAUGUUAUGGUGUUCGGCGCUCAUCUUGGCAACGUGGCUUCGUUGCACGGAACUGGAAGAUCCCACUUAUAAUUACGUACUCGAUACGUCGAAUUAUUUUGGUUUCAAAGUGUUUUUCUUCACGGUAGGAGGCUUUUACAUCGCGUAUCUGCUUCUUUUGAUAUUAAGAGCGUACAGCGAAUUACGAUCCAUGCCCUACUUCGAUCUUCGUUUACGUUUCCUGACAUUGCUUGCCGGAGUCGUUUCGUCGGUUUGCGGUUGCGUGACUGCACGGCAAUUUGGCGCUGGUAUUUUCGAAGACAGUUUUGCUUCUCGUCUUACCACUUAUUAUCGUUCCUCGGCUCAAUUUAUGGCUUUGUACGGUCUCCUGAAUUUUUAUUUGUACACAAUGGCUUACGUGUACGCACCUGCGCAGCAACAAGUGUAUGGCCAACACUCUUCUAUAACGAAAGAUAACCCGACAUUUUCUAUGAUCAAUGACUCUGACGAAGACGUGAUUUAUGGAUCGGAUGAAGAAGUGACGUACGGAUCGGACGAGGAUAGCCGACGGCCUUUAACUCGUGCACCACGAACUGCAACGACUAAUAACAAUUAUUAGCCGGACCAAAUCGGUGUAACACGAGUGAGGAACCAUCGAUAGAAAUAUGUUGUAAAAUAAACGAUAUUGAAACCAAAAAUAUGUUCCAAGUGAGGACGAACAAAGAUUUGUUCAUUGUUUGCGUGCGUACAUCUGUGUUUGUACAUACAUACGGUGUAAGAAAAAGAGCAGAAUGACGCGUUAGUUUAACAGUUCUACACAUAUGACGUAUGAUGUUCCAGGUCGAUACAUGAAAAUGUUAAUACAAUACAUUGUAUAUCGUUUGCGUAUGUUAUUCGAGGCAACUCGCAUAAAACAGUUGCUCUUUGUGUAUUAUAUACUUUAAACAUUUCCAUGACUUUUAAUCGAUUGUAAUCAACCAUAACAGAUUUUAUCGUACCAUAGUGUGAUAAGAACUGUAACUCAAAUAUAUAUGUAUAUAACAAAGUCUUGCGACGAUCAUACGUCAUUGCGAUUUGUAGUUUUUCGGCGUAUAUGAAAAGGACGGAUUUAUUGCAUCUAUUAAUAUUCUUGUAAACGACAACGUGCAGUAAAUCGAAGAUCGCGGAAGGAACGCUGCAUCGCGUUGUUUAUAAGAAAACUACUUUUUUAUAUUACGAAGAGUAAUUGUAAACGUACACCGAAUAACGAAUGAUUAGUUUAUUAUAUUGAGUAAUUAUGUAUAAUAAUAACAAUCUCAUCGAUUUCAGUGAUCUUGAAGUAUGGGAGAGAGAAUUGGUCACCGAGUGUUCCAAAGAAAAUUAUUUGUCGCUCGCUUUUAUUUUUCAAGAUAUAAUUAUUAGACGCCAAAAUUUAUCAGGUCAGGUCGUAACUCGAAUGUUUGUGAUAAUUUCUCGAAAUCGAAUCGAGUUGGGUCGAAAACUUGAAAAUUUGUAAUGUGGGGCGAGAGGACGAUCGCCCCUCUCUAGAUCCGCCGUUGUUAAAAUUUUGAAUUGCCUAUUCGCGACUACUCUCUUGUAAGCUGAACCAGAUCCACUCAGACUAUUACGAACAUAAGGUAAUAGUCUUAUUGUUAGUAGAUCUAGUUACGUUUUCAAGACAAUAAAAUAUAUCUUGAAAACUAAAAAUCGGAAUAUG